AUGAAGAAUUUUGCAGGGAGUCCUGGGACUUGGACUGGGCUAGCUUUGAGGAUGGCUCAGUGCUUAUUUGCAGCUGGUUCAAUUGCUUCAAUGGCCACCACAACUACUUUCUUCAAUUACACUGCUUUCUGCUACUUAAUUGCUUCAAUGGGUCUACAAGUGAUGUGGAGCUUUGGUCUUGCUUUCAUGGAUGCCUACUCAAUAUUAAGGAAAAAUAAAAAUGUGGUUGACAAUCCUGUAAUAGUGAGCCUCUUUGCAGUGGGCGAUUGGGUGACCGGGACAUUGUCCCUUGCGGCAUCGUCUUCGUCGGCAGGGAUUGCUGUGUUGUACUUUGGUGACUUGGAAAACUGGAAGGCUCAAGAAUCAGCUGGUUUUUUUUAG